AUGAAACGUAGUCAUCACUCUUGGAUCAUCCCAGGGACAUCUGCAGGAAAACACCCUCAAUCAGAGAAUUACUGUCCAUGUGAUCAGAACCAAUGGCAGCAACAUUUUGAUCCAUAUAAUAACAAACCAAGGGAUUACAAACUUGAAGAUCUAAAGCACAAAGAAAGCUCCAUAUCUUUGGCUAAGACGAUAAGGAAUAACGGAAUUUCAAGAGCCUUUUCUAGGCUAUCUAGCAGUCAGAUUGGGAGCUGUAAUAAACGUGAGAUGACAGUGGAAGAAGAAACUAACACAGGUCAGAAUGAAAAUCCAAAGGACACAGGCAGAGUAGUUUCAGGGAUAGGAAUUUUAAGAGACAAGUGUGUAAGGCCUGGGCAAGGCUUCAGUGAUGGAUCAAAUCUCAUGACACACCAGAGGACUCACACACGGGAGAAACCUCAUGUUUGCAGGGAGUGUGGGCGAGGCUUCAGUCUGAGAUCAAAUCUCAUCAGACACCAGAGGACACACACAGGGGAGAAGCCCUAUGUUUGCAGUGAAUGUGGGCGAGACUUCAGUCUGAAGUCACAUCUCAUCAGACACCAGAGAACACACACAGGGGAGAAGCCCCAUGUUUGCACAGAGUGUGGGCGAGGCUUCAGUCGGAGGUCGAAUCUCAUCACACACCAGAGGACACACACAGGGGAGAAGCCCUAUGUGUGCAGGGAGUGUGGGCGAGGCUUUGGUUGUAGGUCAGAUCUCAUCAAACACCAAAGGACACACACAGGGGAGAAGCCCUAUGUGUGCAGAGAGUGUGGGCGAAGCUUCAGUUGGAGGUCAGAUCUCAUUACACACUUGAGGAUACACACAGGGGAGAAGCUCCAUGUUUGCAGGGAGUGUGGGCAAGGCUUCAGUUGGAUGUCAAGUCUAAUUAAACACCAGAGGACACACACGGGGAGAAGCCCUAUGUGUGAAGAGAAUGUGGAUGAGGCUUCAGAGAUCAAGUCUCAUUACACACUAGAGGACACAACCGGGAGAAGCCUUAUAUUUGCAGGGAGAGUGCAUGAGGCUUCAGUGUGAGGUCACUUUUCAUCAGACACUAGAAGACACGGGAGAAGCCCUAUGUUUGAAUCAAAGUUGACUAAUGAGCAGUAAAUAACAUCUCAGCAUCCACAGAGGACAAAUGCAGCCACCAGAAAGUGGCCAGGGAAUGUACUGACCUGGUAACCGCAUUUCAUAUUUAUUUUGUCCUGUGAACUAAUAAAUUUUGUCUUCAUACA